AUGGCUUCCAACAACCCCAAUUUCCCAGCAGGGCCGUACGAGUCGGGCAAGCAUCUUGCCCCGCCCCCACGGCCCAGCUCUCCAGCGACUGCGGGAUACAGCCUCAAUCAUUUCAUGAUGCGCAUCAAGGAUCCGAAAAAGAGCCUGGAGUUUUAUUGCGAUUGUCUGGGAAUGCAUGUCGUCUUCAUCUUCAACGCUGGGCCGUGGACCAUCUACUAUCUAGGCGGGCGGGAUGUGGAUAUGAAGAACAUUCGCCAAUCCCAAGGGCUGCUGGAACUGUACCAUAUUCCAGCCGACGCAUCCACACCGUAUGCUUCUGGAAACGACUACUCCAAGCCAGGCGUGGGCUUUGGCCACAUUGGCUUCACGGUGCCAGACGUUGCCGAGGCGACGAACCGGGUCAAGAGCUUUGGGUUCGAAGUGAUGAAGCCGCUGGACGAGGCCAAGGAGGAUCAGAUGGCGCUUCCAGACGAGAUUGUCCAAGGCAAACACGGCGAAGUGGUCGAGGGAUACAAGCACAUUUUCAAGCAGCUGACCUUUGUAAAGGAUCCCGACGGCUACUGGGUCGAGCUCAUCCCGCCAGCUUUCCGGGAUUGA